AUUUGGUUGGGUAAGACCUGGUGCUUUCGCGCUGUGCUUUAUGAUAUCUCUGGGAAACUGAUCAGCAGGAAGCGGUAACCCAUGAUUCGCUCGAGUCGUAUGAACUGUCAGAUCACAUUAGCUAGAGGCAUUCCAUGCACUCCUGGUGGGAACGGAGAAGCCAUCUUCGCCGGCGGAGGAAAAGGCAAGAUCGGUGUUCCUCGUUGAGUGUGGAAAGAUCUGCGCGAGAGAAAGGUAUUCCACACGAACACAUGGAGUUCGGACCUUCCCUCGUAAUGAGCGGAUUCCAGACACGCUACUCAGCGGCUACAACUCGCGAUCAACCAGAGGUAAGUAGGCACGUCUGUGCGUAUUUGUAUGUACAGCGAAUGUGUUACAAUGUGAAUAUACGUACUACGCAAGCGCGCGUGCGAGCGCUGACCAAGGGAGAAUUAUCUGAGGAUUUCCCAAAAGGUCCCCGCCAUUCUCCAAUGGCGCCAUCUUCCCCUGUCUGUAUCACUGUAGCAGCACCUUUUUGUCAGCUGCAGACCCGCUUCACGGAAUUAAGCAGAGGCGAUUGCUACAGGGCGCGAAGACGGGCAAAUGCACCCCAGGCACUAUCACCACGUGUACAUGCAUCGCCUCAAAAAUACAUGAGACCCAGGUGCAUCAUCGAGCUCCAGAGGAAAAGUGGCACUCUGGGCGCGUGCCUGCGCCGGAUGUUUGUAUGCGGUGGAAACUUGACGGCAGUAGCGACACGUCCUUGUUAGAAAAACGCACAAAGCUAAUUCUCACUGAGACCUAAUAAUUUGUACUAUCGCAUUAAUCUCAUGCCUAAGUAAGAGGCUGAACGACAAGAAAGGGGAAGAGAAUUAAACAAAAACGACAGCAUUCAGGAUUCC